CAAUUAGGAGUGGGGGCGUUGUCUCGGAGGCGGAGUUUCAGCGGAGGGCUUAUUUCUCUUGCCUCCCGCCUCUCCCUAGAGGUGGAUACCCAGUAGUCCAGCGGCGUAGGAGCCACCUUCCUUCCUGGUGGCUGCAACCCCUCGAUCUCCCGCCGAAGUCUCCAGGCCUGAGAGCCUGGCCGAACAUGGCCUUGGCUACUGUGGCAGCAGCAAGACUGGGCCUCAGCCGGGCUCCUUCGCUCCUUCGGCGUGGCUACCAGACGGAGAGGGGUGUCUACGGCUACCGGCCGAGGAAGCGUGAGAGCCGGGAGCCCCAGGGCGGCCUGGCGCGUCCCUCAGUGGAUCAUGGCCUUGCCAGGUUGGUAACUGUAUAUUGCGAGCACGGUCAUAAAGCGGCCAAAAUCAACCCCCUCUUCACUGGCCAAGCGCUGCAGGAGAAUGUGCCUGAAAUCCAAGCCCUCGUGCAGACUUUGCAGGGACCCUUCAAUACUGCAGGCUUAUUGAACAUGGGGAAGGAGGAGGCCUCUCUCGAGGAAGUCGUGGCCUAUCUCAACCAGAUCUACUGUGGGCAGAUUUCCAUUGAAACGUCCCAGCUUCAGAGCCAGGAGGAGAAGGACUGGUUUGCCAAGAGGUUUGAGGAACUGAAAAAGGAGGCAUUUACCACAGAAGAGCGAAAACAUUUGUCGAAACUCAUGCUAGAAUCUCAGGCCUUUGACCACUUUUUGGCCACCAAGUUUGCCACGGUGAAGCGAUACGGAGGCGAAGGUGCUGAAAGCAUGAUGGGCUUUUUCUACGAGCUGCUGAGAACGGCUGCCUACAGCGGGGUCACCGAUGUCAUUAUUGGGAUGCCCCAUAGAGGGAGGCUGAACCUACUGACAGGCCUUCUGCAGUUCCCUCCAGAGUUGAUGUUCCGUAAAAUGCGAGGCUUAAGUGAAUUUCCGGAAAACGUCUCCAACGUUGGCGAUGUCCUGUCUCACCUGACCUCCUCGGUUGACCUGGACUUCGGGGCACACCAUCCCCUCCACGUGACCAUGCUCCCUAACCCCUCCCACCUGGAAGCCGUGAACCCCGUGGCUGUCGGGAAGACCCGUGGGAGGCAGCAGUCGAGGCAGGAUGGGGACUACUCUCCAGACAGUUCGGCUCAGCCUGGGGACAAAGUCAUUUGCCUGCAGGUUCACGGUGAUGCUUCUUUCUGUGGCCAAGGGAUCGUUCCUGAAACAUUUACGCUCUCGAAUCUCCCACAUUUCAGAAUUGGUGGGAGCAUCCAUCUGAUUGUCAAUAACCAGCUGGGCUACACCACUCCUGCGGAGAGAGGAAGGUCUUCCUUGUACUGCAGUGACAUCGGGAAGCUCGUGGGCUGUGCCAUCAUCCACGUCAAUGGAGACAGCCCAGAGGAGGUGGUCCACGCCGCACGACUGGCCUUGGAGUAUCAGCGCCAGUUCCGGAAGGACGUGAUUGUAGACUUGCUGUGCUACAGGCAGUGGGGCCACAAUGAGCUGGAUGAGCCCUUGUUCACCAACCCGGUCAUGUACCAGAUCAUCAGAGCCCGGAAGAGCAUCCCCGACACAUAUGCCGAGAACCUUGUGGCCAGUGGACUCAUGACCCAGGAGGAGGUGUCAGAAAUCAAAGCCUCCUACUACGCGAAGUUGAAUGGCCAUUUAGCUAACAUGGCCCACUACAGCCCACCUGCCACGCACCUGCAGGCCCACUGGCAGGGCCUGGUUCAGCCGGAAGCGUCCAUCACCACCUGGAACACAGGGGUGCCCCCUGACCUCCUGCGGUUUAUCGGCAAGAAGUCUGUGGAGGUGCCAGAGGAGCUCCAGGUGCACAGUCACCUUCUGAAGAUGUAUGUUCAGUCCCGAUUGGAGAAAGUGAUGGACGGAACAAAGUUAGACUGGGCCACAGCUGAAGCUCUUGCCUUGGGUUCAUUGCUUGCUGAAGGUUUUAAUGUCCGACUGAGUGGCCAGGAUGUUGGCCGUGGAACCUUCAGCCAGAGGCAUGCAAUGGUUGUCUGCCAGAAGACUGAUGACACCUAUAUCCCCCUGAACCAUAUGGACCCUAAUCAGAAGGGGUUUCUAGAGGUUAGCAACAGCCCGCUGUCGGAAGAGGCUGUCCUGGGGUUCGAGUACGGGAUGAGCAUCGAAAGCCCGAAGCUGCUGCCCCUCUGGGAGGCUCAGUUUGGCGAUUUCUUCAACGGCGCCCAGAUCAUCUUUGACACGUUCAUCUCCGGAGGAGAGGCCAAGUGGCUCCUGCAGAGCGGCCUCGUCGUCCUCCUCCCGCACGGCUACGACGGGGCUGGGCCGGACCACUCGUCUUGUCGGAUAGAGCGUUUCUUGCAGAUGUGUGACAGCGUGGAAGAGGGCGUGGACGGGGACACCGUGAACAUGUCCGUGGUCCACCCCACCACGCCCGCCCAGUACUUCCACCUGCUCAGGAGACAGAUGGUCCGAAAUUUCAGGAAACCCCUCAUCGUCGCCUCUCCGAAGACAUUGCUCAGACUCCCUGCAGCUGUGUCAACUCUUCAAGAAAUGGCUCCAGGAACAACAUUCAAACCGGUCAUCGGUGAUUCAUCUGUGGAUCCCCAAAAGGUGAAGAGUCUAGUGUUCUGCUCUGGCAAACAUUUCUAUGCUCUGCUAAAGCAAAGAGACUCGCUGGAGGCCAAGAGGCAUGACUUUGCCAUCAUCCGAAUAGAAGAACUCUGUCCCUUCCCAUUAGAGUCGCUGCAGCAGGAGAUGAGCAGAUACAAACACGUUAGAGAUUUUAUUUGGAGUCAGGAGGAGCCUCAGAACAUGGGUCCUUGGUUUUUUGUUUCUCCAAGAUUUGAAAAGCAGCUGGCCUGCAAGCUUCGACUUGUGAGCCGACCUGCGCUGCCGGUCCCCGCGGUGGGCAUCGGCACCGUGCACCUCCAGCAGCAGGAAGAAGUCCUCACCAAGACCUUCACCUGACCAUGUGCUUUGAAGAGGUGCCACUUCCUUGGAAGAAAACUGGCAUAAAAAGGGAGGCUGCUCCCCCCAAUCUCUCCUCCAUCCGUUGAGUACCACGGAAAGAUGCCAUUUUUCUAAGAUGCUGGGAUUGAUGAGCAAAAGCUUUAAUCCAGAAUACACACAACAGCCAAACGAACUGUUCAUCAAGACACGAAUCCCACAAGUAACUUGCAUCCUCCAACAUACAGGAGUGUUUUCCUUUCCUAAGAUCUGAGCCAGUUGUGGAGCAGGGUCCUUUGCCAGACUGUUUCAGAUGCUCCUCUUAUUAACUGAAUGUACCCAGGAAAAGUUCUUGAGCCUGAAUUCAUAGCUGCCUAUGGAUUACUUCAAUGUUACCUCUCGAUCUUUUUUUUUUUUUUUUUUCACAUUUUUAGGGGAGUUCCCAUUGUGGUUCAGCAGGUUAAGAACCCGACGAAUAUCCAUGAGGAUGCAGGUUCGAUCCCUGGCCUCACUCAGUGGGUUAAGGAUCUGUCUUUGCCGCAAGCUGAAGUGUAGGUCGCAGAUUCGGCUUGGAUCUCUGUUGCCAUGGCUAUGGCGUCGGCCUCAGCUGCAGCUCCGAUUGACCCCUGGCCUAGAAAUUUCCAUAUACCAGAAGUACCAUUAAAAAAAAAUUUUUUUUUCUUGGGAGUUCCCAUCGUGUCGCAGUGGUUAAUGAAUCCUACUAGGAACCAUGAGGUUGCAGGUUCAAUCCCUGGCUUUGCUCAGAGGGUUAAGGAUCUGGCGUUGCUGUGAGCUGUGGUGUAGGUUGCAAAUGCGGCUCGGAUCCCGCGUUGCUGUGGCUCUGACGUAGGCUGGCGGCUACAGCUCCGAUUGGACCCCUAGCCUGGGAAACUCCCAUGUCACGGAAGCAGCCCAAGAAAUGGAAAAAAAAAAAAUUUUUUUUUUCUUUUAAAAUUUUCUUAAUCUUUUUUCCCCAUCCCAAUGUUCUUGUUUUUUUGUUUUUUCGACCCACCCGUGGAAUCAAAAUCUGAGCCACAGCUACAGCAAUGCUGGAUCCCCAGCCCACCUCACUGGGCAGGGAUUGAAUCUUCACUGCCACAGACGCAGUACAGGAUCUUUAACCCACUGUGCCUCCUCUCAAUUUUCUUGAUGCACGUCGUUUCACUAAUUUUUUCCUUCUUUUGUCAAAGUCCUUGACUACCUACAUUUUCAUUUUAUGUCAUCAUUGGUGCUGCUUUCCAGCCACUGUGAGGAAUUUUGGACAAACACUGUAGUAAAACUGCAUUAUUCCUGAUUUGAAUUCUUCAAGAUCACUGUUUUACCCAUUAUCCUGAAAUAUAGGUCCUGUUAUAUACAGAUCUCUGGGUGUUUGAUCCUUUAGCACAGUAUUAUUAUUUUUUGGCCUGGGAUGCAACAUGCAGCAGUUCUGCAGUCAAGGAUCGAACCUGUGCCACAGCAGUGACCUGAGCCAAAGACGAUGCUGGAUCUUUAACAUCUAGGCCACCAGGGAACUCCUAGCACAGUAUUAAGUCUAGGAGUGAAAUCGAUUUGUGGCCUACUUUGCCAUGGUAUCUUUUUUUCCCCUAAAUUGUUCUUAAUAUUUUUAAUAUCAAGCCUCUGGGGGUCUGAUAUGAGGAUGUCAGCCUCUGGUUCACACGUCUUGCCUUAAAGUCCCUGCUGUCAUGUGAUGUUCACUUGUGGUACUUAAGGGUCACUUUAACUUUGAUAGUGGGAACUUCCCAACAUCAGGUGCUUUGGGGAUUUCUAGAGAUCACCCCCGCCCUCUUAUUCUGAAAUUAAGCUGAGUACUGGAGAUAUAACUAAACAUCAACCAGCUGUAGCUUUACGUCGCUUGGUGCUGCAGAGACUACCAUGUACCAUUUUUGUGCCAGGACAUUAUUUUUCUCAGAAAUGAGCAAGGUGCCAGGAUCCUGGAACACCCUCUCCAGGUUUACUGACACCUGUUAAUGUCUUUCAGUAUCAAUGUGUAGAUUGUUCUGGCCACAGCAGAAGAUUCAUGAUUCAUACCUUAAUUGUGUACAUUAGUGUAUUGAUUAAUUACAAAGGUCAAUUUAAUAAGAAUGGUUAACAACAUUGUAUGUUGAACUAGGAAAAAAAUAAAAAUACAGUGUCAUUGUUUUUCAGAA